UGGACACCCACAACAAGCAGAAGAAACGCAUACGCCGCGUAAACAAAAGAAAAGGGCAAGGGAAGAGAAAAGAAAAGAGGACGCCAACACUCGAAGGUUUCCUUCCUUCCUUGCAUGAAUACUUGCCAAAAAAAGCAUGCAAAAUUGCCUCUCACACCCUUGCAGUCUCACUCUCCAUCUAUAACUCUUCCAGUCAACUAUAUUUCCCUUUGCAUACAAACUCUACUAACACCAGUAAAAUGUCUCCAUAACAAUCUUCUUCUCCGAUCAAAUCACCAAUUUUCUCUCCUUUAAACCCCCAAACCUCUCAAAACUUGUAUUUAACCCAUAACCCUCCCAACCCUUAUCUGCCUCUUUCUCGCUUCUUUUAUCUUUUCAUCCUGAAUUAUGGACCCUUACCACCACCAGCGCCGCAGAUUUCUUGCUGGAACGGCGCCGUUUUCCCCUGAGACUCCCUUUUCCCGUUUAAUCGAUCAAAGCCUUGCGAGCCCUGAAACUUCUACUCAAAACCCCUACCUAGAAACUCUUGAAUCUGUCUUCUUAAGACUCAAUGUAUCUCAUGAUAAUCAAACUUUAUAUUCAGGUUCUCAUGACAAUAUCUUUAAUGGGUCCGUUGUAGAUUUUAAAAUUUUGGAUGGUCUUGCCUCUAGCGGCCUGGUUGGUUUUUUGCCAACCCAAAACAAUGAGAUAAAUGCUUUCGGGGCUACGAGGGUUCAAGAUUUUAUUCACAAUCCAAUGAUGGCUGGUUCUAAUUCUGAUUUGAGGAGUAACACUUUCGUUUAUGGUGGUGCGUAUCAAAAUCCAAACCUUAACAACCGGAGAGGAUUAAUGCAAAGAGAAUCGCAUUAUGGGUCGAUGAAUAAUGUUUUGGUGUCUAAAAGCCAGAAUUAUGGGAGGAGGCCACCUUGGUUACAAGAUUACGUGUCCUGGGAGGAUUUGAGUGGCAAGAUCGUGGCAUUGGCUAAGGAUCAACACGGAUGUAAGUUCUUACAAAGGCUUAUUGAGAGUGCAACAAGAGAACAAAUUGAUAUGUUGUUUUACGAAGUGAUCGACUAUGUUGGGGGGUUGAUAGCGGACCCAUUUGGGAAUUAUGUUGUACAAAAGCUUAUAGAGGUGAUUAGUGAGGAACAGAGGACUCGGGUUUUGCGAAUGCUUACUCGAACGGAUUUUCAACUUGUGAGAAUUUGUCUUGAUGUGCAUGGAACUCGGGCUGUGCAGAAGUUGUUGAAUUGUAUUACAAACCCUCUGCAAGUUUCUUUAGUUGUAUCAGCUCUAAACCAAGGUGCUAUUGCAUUGAUAAAGGAUUCCAAUGGUCAUCAUGUGAUCCAGCAUUCUGUGAAGCAUUUUUCUCCUCAAGACAAUAAGUAUAUUUUGAAACAGGUGGCAGAGAAGUGCUUUGAGAUUGCAACCAACAAGAGUGGAUGCUGUGUGCUGCAGCGAUGUGUUGAAUACUCUGAGGGAGAACACAGAGAUCGACUAGUAGCUGAGAUCAUAGCAAAUGCACUAAUACUGGCUGAAGAUCAUUAUGGAAACUAUGUAGUGCAACAUAUUCUGGAUUUAAAGAUGCCACAAAUCACAGAAAAUCUCCUCGCACAGUUUGAAGGGAGUUACAUGGCUCUUUCAUGUAACAAGUAUGGAAGUAAUGUUGUGGAGAGGUGCUUGUUAACAACAAGUGAGGAUCAAUCCACACAAAUAAUAUUGGAGUUGCUAAGCAAUCCAGGUGCUUCCAUGCUCCUUGUGGAUCCUUUCGGAAACUUUGUUAUCCAAAAGGCACUAUCAGUAUCUCAGGGUGAAGUCCAAAGAGGUUUAAUUGCUCUGAUAGAAAGAAACAGUCAAAUGAUGAUCAGCAAUAUCUAUGGGCAGAAGGUGCUUGUUUGGCUGACCAAGAAUAGGAGGCUGCUAAACCUAUAGGCAUGUAUAGACUGAGGGAGUUACUCUAAUCACAAUUUUCCUACAAGUCUCGGUAUUGUUUUUUUUUUUUUUUUCAAGUUUUACUCCAUUAUUAGUGGUGUUGUUCAGUUGAGCUCGUAACUGCCCUCUUACACUUCAGCAUGGUGAAUGGCUUUGCGGGUGUCUGUUGUUUGUUGUUGUUUAGGAUGUUACCUGUUUUUUUCUUGUGAUGUACUGUUGUAGACUUGUAGUAUUGGAACAAAUGAAUUUGGAGGUCGUGGUCACUCCGCAACUGAGUAGGAACUAGCUAGCCUGAAUUGCCUACAACAAUCUCGAGGGAAUUAGAAGGUUAAACUGUGUAUAUUUUGAGAUCAUCCCGCUGUUUUUACUGCAUAUUUAACGUUCUCCAUUCGCAAAAGGGCAUUUUAAGUUCA